CUUUGGGAUACCAGUUGCAUACUUUUGGUCAAUGGCGUUUUGUUAUUUUAGCAAUUUCAGUAGCAUAUUAGUAAGAGUUAUUUUAACGUGAAUAUAUUUCAAUUGAGUGAGCCAAACUCAGCUAUCAGAGUGAAACAGACGCUAGAGAUGUCCAUGGAAAUAUAUGCUUUUGAUAAAAGCCUGCAGGAGCGGCUGGUCGAAUAUUCAGAAAUAUUAUCAGCAGGUGAAAAGGUAAUUCCAGCAUCUCAGAUUCACUCCGAAUGGUCCUGCUAUGUUGAACUGGUGAUAGAACCUGUUGGUUGGCGUGCCCUAUGGAAAAUUCCAAGGCUGACCUGUCAGGACUUUGAAAUCCAUUAUCCUACAAUUGUUGUAGUCGAGGUUGAGAAUGUGGAUUUCCAAGAAUUAUCUGCACUUGUAAAAAUAGUGGCUGUUCAAGAUGAGAUACAGCUUCCUGAAAAGUAUGACGUUCCACUGAACGAGUUAUACCCAACUCAUCACCAAGAGAAUACGGUCCUUGAUAUGAUUGGUACAGCUAACUGCAUCGAUCAGCUAAGAUUCUUUUUCAAUUAUCUUUGGAUGCCUUGGGACACAGAUGACGAUGACGACACCGACUGGGUUUCGCUUCAUUUGGAGCCAAGAAUAAGAUUAUUUUUUGAUAUGAAACGUGGGGUUGUCAGUAAAGAAACUUGCGAUAUUAUUAGAAGCUUGACCAGAGAAGGGAGAGAUAUUCAAGCAAAGAUCACAAGGCUUGAGGAAGAUAUAUCGGACGAAGAAGAGGAUCAGGAUCGAGUGCUUAACGACGGAAAAGCCUGCCAGUUAAUGAAGCUCCAUUUUCGACUACAACAGAUUAAAACCGAGAUGGAAGUUUUAGAAAAUCCUGUUAUGAGGGAAGUCCUCACCAGAAAUAAAGGCUCGAACUUGUCAGAUAAAGAAGUUAACAGACGGGAAGGCAGAGGGACGAGAUCUGAAGGAUACUUUGUUUGGCUCGGAGGAUCUGUUCAAGACAUGAUCUCAUCUUUGAGCAAUGUUCAGACAAUCUUUGGCCCUGAUAUGUUUUUGAAAACUUCGAAUUGCCUGCAAGAGGCACUGGAUGCUUCUGAAGCAGGUGAUAUAGUAGUUCUUGGUGAAGGGGAACACUCAAUCAGAGGCGCUGGAGGCCUGGAGGAAGGAGGCAAAUUCAAGGGGCUCGGCAGGCUGGCAGAUACAGUUAUCUGUGGAAGGGAAACCGAAUGUGGACCAUCCUUGAUGGAUUUUUCAGGCGGAGUGAUACAUUUAGAGGGCGUCUCCAUUCAAUUAGGCGAUCUUCAGAUGGGUUUGCUAGCUCGCAAAGGAACGGUCCAACUCACUGGGUGCAGGAUUUUCGACACCAAUAAAAGCGUUAUCAAACUGGGCACUGUAGUUCUGCCUGGAGCUAAAUUAAUCGCCGAAAAUACAAGUUUCGAAGGGCUUGGAACUGCAAUUGUAAUUCAUUCAGGAGGCAGUGUUACGUUGAAUGAAUGCUACUUCAACGAGUGUGUCGAAGGUAUUCAGAUGCACGAUAAUUCCAGUUUGGCUGUAACUAAUUGCGCAUUAUCGAAUUUCAAAGAGCACAGUAUACGCAUGGAAACUCAAAAGUACGUAAAUGGCACCGAGGGAAAGAUUGGGAGUAGUGAAUUGCUGCAAAAUGUCUCCGAAAUUACCACCAAAGAUUGUCAAUUUGAGAACAAUGGUAAGGGUGAUAUUUUAUUUCAAGCUAAACCGUCCGCGGCACUUUUCGCUAAACAAGAGGGUAGUACGAACAUGGUGUCUUAAAUAUAUUAUGAAGGUGAAAAUAUGUCGUAGAUGCAUUUAUAUUCCUGCACAGCAAUUUCCAGAGUACAUUGUGACAAAGAAUUUUUACAAAGUAUAUCAGAUAUAUUCG